GUGACAAUGAAGGCACCGAGCCAUGAGCCAUAAGGCGCUGGAGGGCCCCACCAUGCAUGAUGGCACAAUAACAACCUUGAUGGCUCCUUCGUCAUGUGCCAUAUCACCUCUGAAUGCUUCUCGUAGUAUCAUUCGGCGAGGCAGAGGGACUGACACCACAAUGAAGCAUCCGCCGUUGCCUUCCCUCAAGGUGUCUCUGUCUGAAUUGUCGGAAGGUAGUGUACAUAAAGUGCUCCUGCCGCAUCCAUCAAGUAGUUUGUAGCAAACCCGACCUUCCACCACUGCGGACGUGUUUUAUUCAGCAAUCCAGUUAUUAUCGCUAACUUUGACCAGCUUAGCCGACGAAAGCUUGAUCCCGUCACUGUUUUGAGGAAUCCGUAGCCUCUGGCCCCGGAGCGUACAUGGCUACAACGUCCCGUUCUCUCGACACGCAAGUUGGUGUGACUCAGGCACAUUCGCAGACACGACUGCCAUCGGAGCUAUGGCUAGAAAUUUACGAACAUCUCGAUGCCGCUUCAAUGAUGCAAUUCUCUUCGUGCAGCAAGACAGUGGCGAGCCUAACAAGCCAAUUCGAACGAUCAAUAUGUAAACGCCGCACCGCUGCGCUGGAACCCAAGCAAUCGAAAUUGGCCAUCCUUUCUUCGAACAAGGUGGACCGUAGCAUCAUUCCAGCCGACACCUAUGGGUUUAUCCGUGAGCUCGAAUUGCGACAUGCCAGGAUCGACUACAUGCUUGUCCGCAGCGGCUUUUUGGACCUCUCAGCACCCCCUGGCUUACGACCAUUGACAUGCGGCCAACAGUUGUGGCACCUCGUUCCGCUGCUGAAACAAGCACUUGGAUACUGCGAUGACAUCGCCGAUAUUGCGGCUACUAGCACGACGGGAACCUCGCGUCCGUGCCCAUCUGUCAGGUCGAAACAGGUAGCCUACAUUCAGGGACUGACUCUCGAAGGUGUAAGCUGUCUUCUAUACCUGCUCAUAAUACUCUCGAUUGGGUACAUUCAGCAAGGACAAGGCCCGAACGGUAGUAUUCCCAUCCCGCCUGAUAACCCUAUCGACUGGGAAAUAGUGACAGUCUUUGAGGAGGGCAUACUGCGGCACGGUUCCUGGUACCUCUGGGCACAUAUCGCAGCCAGCGCUGUUCCUGGCGGGCGUUUGGAGAAGCUGAAACGCGGCUUGAUGGCGGCGGGGCUGAAAGAAUUGACUGAUUGGGAGACUGGGAAGGAUAGGGUGGCUGCGUAUGUUCGGCAAUGGAUACCUCAAGGUGGAUAUGAGGUGUGUGUAAGUGCAUUCUCCAUUUAGGGGGGUCAAAUGCCCAGGGUUAUCGAGGUGCCAAUGGAGCAGAAGCUGGUGGUUUCCGGGAGUUCUUAUGGACAAGCCUACCGGGCAAGAAUAUAUUCCUUACCGCACACUGUACCUCUGCGGGCUGGUCCGGGCUUUCAUCGCAAUAGAUUCUGGUGCCUGGUUCGAGGGUGAUUGUGUGUCUUGGUCAAGCCAUGCGCGAAUGACGAAACCAUUUCAAAGUCCGUUCCG